AGCAUUCACUUCUACUUCCUUACUCUCACUCUCGCACUUUUAACUUUCUUCAAGGUCCAGAUCAGCCGAUCUGGAACCUCUCGGUUGUGUCUCACCUUCUCCCCUCCCAGUCGACGGGUUGUUAAGAACUACCUGCUGUUUCCAUGCUUGCUUUCCGUACAGUUGUGCCCUAGUGCCCCCUCAACCACGUAGGCUGCAAAAUAUUUUUCUGAUAUUUUUAAGGCUGAUUUUAUUUAGAGGCGGUGCUUGCAGGAUUCGAGCAGCGUCGUAGCGACACUUUCUCCCCAGUCGGUUGGUUAAGAGUUGAGUUUGGAGCUGGGGGUCGUGUGGAUUUGGGGGGAGAUCCGUUAUAUUUCUUGUUUUUUUUUUACGUUUUACUUUUUUAACUGGAUUUAUUCCGUUUUUUAUUUCUUCAUUUUGGGGGGGAUCUUAGAUCAUGAACAAGCUGUACAUCGGGAACCUGAGCCCCUCUGCCACCGCCGAGGAUCUGAAACAGCUCUUCGGGGAAAAGAAGCUCCCUUUGGCCGGCCAGGUCCUGCUCAAGUCCGGUUACGCUUUUGUGGAUUACCCAGACCAAAACUGGGCCAUUCGAGCCAUCGAAACGCUAUCUGGGAAAGUAGAGCUACAUGGAAAAGUGAUAGAAGUGGAUUAUUCGGUUCCCAAGAAACUUAGGAGCAGAAAAAUUCAAAUCCGUAACAUCCCCCCUCAUUUACAGUGGGAGGUGCUGGAUGGACUUUUAGCUCAAUAUGGCACCGUAGAAAAUGUGGAACAAGUUAACACUGAUAUAGAGACAGCUGUAGUGAACGUAUCAUAUGCAACAAAAGAUCAAGCUAAAGUAGCUGUUGAGAAAUUAAGUGGGCACCAAUAUGAAAACCAUACCUUCCGGAUUUCUUACAUCCCAGAUGAAGAUGCAUCGUCUUCGCCGCCUCCUCAACGGUCACGUCGUGGGGGCAACACUUCCAGGGAGCAAGGGUCUUCAGCAGGAGGAUCUUCACAGUCCAAGCAGAUUGACUUUCCAUUGCGAAUUCUUGUUCCCACACAGUUUGUUGGUGCAAUCAUUGGGAAGGAGGGCUUGACCAUUAAGAAUGUUACUAAACAAACUCAGUCCAAGGUAGACAUUCAUCGAAAGGAGAAUGCUGGUGCUGCAGAGAAACCCAUAACUAUCCACUCCACACCAGAAGGUUGCUCGGCUGCAUGUAGAAUGAUUUUGGAAAUUAUGCAGAAAGAAGCAAAUGAAACAAAAUCAAAUGAAGAGAUUCCACUAAAAAUAUUAGCUCACAAUAGCUUGGUUGGAAGAUUAAUUGGGAAAGAGGGAAGGAACCUGAAGAAAAUUGAGCAAGACACUGAGACCAAGAUAACAAUCUCUUCGUUGCAGGAUUUAACGAUUUAUAACCCUGAGAGGACCAUUACAGUUAAAGGCACUAUAGAGGCGUGUUCAAAGGCAGAAGUAGAAAUAAUGAAGAAACUUAGAGAAGCAUAUGAGAAUGAUAUCAUUGCUAUUAAUCAACAGGCAAACCUGAUCCCAGGUUUGAAUUUAAGUGCUUUGGGCAUCUUCUCAACUGGGCUGUCUGUGAUCCCACCUGCUUCUACACCCCGUGGAGCUGCUGCAGCUGGGUACAACCCCUUUGUUAGUCACAUGUCAUAUCUAGGUGGUAUGUAUGGCGCACCUCCGGUUGGUGCAUUCACCUUUCAGCACUCCCAGAUGCCAGAACAAGAAGUAGUCUACCUUUUUAUUCCAACUCAGGCAGUGGGAGCAAUUAUUGGGAAGAAGGGCCAACAUAUUAAACAGCUUGCUCGGUUUGCUGGUGCAUCCAUCAAGAUUGCACCAGCUGAAGGACCAGAUGUUACUGAGAGAAUGGUUGUUAUAACGGGGCCACCAGAAGCUCAGUUUAAGGCACAAGGACGGAUAUUUGGAAAACUGAAGGAAGAAAAUUUCUUUAAUCCUAAAGAGGAAGUUAAGUUGGAGGCACAUAUCAAGGUUCCUUCAUCAGCUGCAGGAAGGGUUAUUGGCAAAGGUGGAAAAACGGUAAAUGAGCUUCAAAACCUUACCAGCGCUGAAGUAAUUGUGCCACGUGACCAAAUACCAGAUGAAAAUAAUGAAGUCAUUGUAAAAAUAAUAGGGCAUUUCUUUGCCAGUCAGACUGCACAGCGGAAGAUCAGGGAGAUUGUACAGCAGGUGAAGCAGCAGGAACAGAAACAACAACAGGGGGCUGCUACAUCACACCGCAGCAAGUGAACCUGAAGGGUCACCAACGAGCAACAGCCAAUGAAUGUAGCCCUUCCAACACAAGAGACAGAAUGACAGAAUGGGGAACAAACCAAAGAACAUGACAAGGAAUAUGAAUGAGUCGCCAAAGGCUGGGGCUCUCUAUGGACCGUAGUGCAGAGGGGGGAAACCUGUUAAUCACAAUUAAGGAAGAAGCAGUGGUGCUGAGAGUAUCUGCAGUCUUUCUGAUAAUUAAAAGAAAAAAACCCUACAUGUUACUAUAUUUAACUACAAUGACGUUAUCCCUUUAGUUGGACUAACAUAGGCUGAAUUUUUUAAAAAACUUUCUCAGUAUAUUUGAGGCUGCCUUUAUACAUGUACAUACAUUCAUACAUAUAAUAGAAAAAAGAUUUUUAAAGUAAGUUCUGAGUGUACAGCUUCCAGCAAAACAUUAGCAUUAGCAGUGUUUAAAAUAUUUUAGAAGUAAUAUAUUGGAAAAUUAAAGUAACUCAGAAUUUUCCUAGAUGAAAAAUGCUUUUUAAACAUUAAAGAAAAAGAAACCUAGUCUGUUUGGAUGCCUGUUUAAAGUUCUGCAGCACCAGUACAUAAUAACUGUAUUUUUACACUAGAUUACAGGUGCCUGAAGUAAUUUAAAGGCAGGACCAUGAGUUUUAGUAAUUAGUCAAGUUUUAUAGUUUUAAAGCCUGUGUGUGCCAACAGAAGGGAUACCGUCCCUUAAAAGUAUUCAAUCUUUCAUCUUUAUGUAGCUCACAGUCUUUUUGUUUUCUUUUUUGCUUCAUGGUUCCACAACUGGCUUUUGCAAAACUGUAUUUUCCACCAGGCAAGCAGUGUUCUAAUAAGAAUAUAAUAUAUAUCAAGAGCAACAACUUCCAUAUUGGGUUAUAAAACUUCUAAUGGCAUCUGUCCUAACAUUUGUUUUUUUUUUGCAAAGAAGACCGGAAUUUCAUCUAAAUUUUAUUUUAUUUUAUUAUUUUUUUUUUUAACUUGUAUGACACUGCCAUCUGAUUUCAAGGGAAAUGAUGUUUUUACGAAAAUGAAAAAGGAAAAAAAGAGGUUGUUGGCCCAGGGCAUGAACAGUGCGCAUUUUGAAAUGAUCUACCUCAGACGUUUUUUCGUACCUCAGCACUUAGUUCUUUUAUUUCCCUUUUAGAGAUUUUGUAUGCCUUGUAAAACUGAUAGUUUGAGCAUUUUUAUUUUUUUAAUAAAAAUGAGUUUAAAAAAUUAUGUCAGCUGCCAGUCAGAAGAAUCAAUUUUUCAGAGUAUUUUAACCUUAUAUUGUAGUGUUAUUCUUCUGGCUAGAAGCUGAUUGUCCUUUUUUUGAUAAAUCUUGAAAAAUGUUUAUAUAUAUAAAAAUACCAAGAACUGCGUUCUAGUGGGGUACAUACCGUACGUGCUUCUAAGCUGAAGGACAAAUGUGUGCUGAUUAUCACAUAAAACAUGCCAUUGUACCAACAGACUGCAAUGCCAGUUUCCUUUCACUGCAAAUAGUAUUCUGUGAAAAGUAUAUCCAGCUAACCCGGUUAUUUGAACUCAUUAUUCCUUAUUUUAAAACACACACACACAGAUAUGCUUGCAAAAUAAAAAAAUACAUAUGUAUAUGGUGACACAAUUGAUAUUUGAUCUGCAGGUGGAAAAAGGGACUUCUAAUUUGGGUAAUUUAGAUUAUGGAAUGCCGCUAUAAGAUUAUGCAACACAGCUGUAGCCGGAACGUGUUUACCCAUUUUUUUUUUUUUUUUAAGGGAGACAUUACUGUAAUGGUAUCUUAGGACUUGUAUUGCUUCUUUGCAUUUCCUUCUAGUCUGGUCUAGUGUAACAAAAGAGUACCCUGUUCAUACCAGUGACUGCUUUGUUUUCAUUUGAAAUUCAACUUUUGUGAUCUCCUGCAUGCAUGCUGCCAUAACAGAGGAAAUGGUAACAUUUAAGCAGUUGUGUAAAAAAAAAAUAAAUAAAUAAAAAAAUAAAUUCAUAUUGUAGAGCUGUGUGAGCGAGGGGACAGUGGGACAUUACCUGAAACAGUCUGCACAUUUGGCAGAAUCAUCCUGUUGAAGUAAUACAGUAAAUAUCAUUAACUUAGCCUUUACCUUUUCUGACUAAUCUACAAGUCUAAUCUGCAAAGCAAGUUAGAGAAAAAAGGCCAAGUUGCCCUUUUUAUUGGUUGCAGCUUUUUUAUUAGUCAUACAUAUAGUGUGGGUAACACAGUCUGACUAUUGGAGCUAUUCUCUUCUUUGUGGUAGUGAAACCAUUAAAGUCAAUAAACCAUACUCUGCAACCAAAUUAUAAAGACGUUAUAAAGUCCCUUAAGUCUGCUUGUAUCAUGGCAAUGGUUCUCUCCAAAAAAUUUGUUGACAGGAAUAUGAAAAAGAGGAUGACAGACUGGCUUCCCAUUAUUGUAGUGAUGUCUGCACUUCUAGAGUGUAUCUUAUCACUUCUUGUACAGCUGUAGUUUGACAUGCAAGAGGUCAGCUUAAUGCUGGCAGUAUAGGCUGUACAUAACAGGAAUCGUGGAAGCUACGUCCUACAGACAGCCCUUUUGUAUCAUAGCCGUGGCAACAUUAAUUAUUUGCAUUAAACAGCUAUGUGACAAAAUCAAAAGCAUUUUGAUAGUCUUAAAUAGCCAGGGGCAUAUUACAUGAUUUUGCUGAAAAGUGAUGCAUAUGAUGGUAUGUCCCACUUCCCUGUACGUCUCACCCACACACAGACAGCUGGGCAGCUGUAUUGGCUCAUCUACAUCAUAUUCAUAUGUACAUGGCAUCUAAAAGGAGUUCACAGGGAACACACUGGGAAGAAUCUGAAAUAAACUGAAAAUGAGCAAGUUAAAGUGGAAAUUAAUUUUAUAAGAUUUUUUUUGAUAUGAUGGGGUACAGAAGGGUGUGCUACAUUUUCACUUCAAUAUUGUUUACCUGGUAGAGUCUGGUCAUAGAAUGAUUAUGUGACUACAACAGUUUUAAACACAGUGUGAAUAAUAAAGUAUUUUAAGAAAUUGUAUUGUGAAUUUCCAAACCCCUCCAUUGCAGAUCAUGUACUACAUUUUUUCUGGUUUGGAACAAACAAACUUGCUCUUGCAGUCUGGUAUUUUUUCAUAAAGAUGGAAAGUGCAUGAUGUCAUAUCAUAUCACACAUCUCCCACCGUUUUUAAUGUCUGCUAUCACAUGUAACUGCAAAUUUCAGCAAAGCUGGAUUGUACAACUGCUGAAAGCUCUGAUCAUGUUAAACUUUAUUAGGUUUUGACAAUUAAACUUGGGGAAACAAA